AUGGCCAGACCGAUCCGUCCUCGUUGGGUUUUUGGCGGAAUUGAUUCUGUAACCAAAGAGGCUUUUUUAGUGGAAGUUGAUAGAAGGGAUGCAACCGAGUUGCUACCUAUUAUUAGAGACCAUGUACUACCUGGUGAUAACGUUGACAACUGCGCUAGUAAAAAAUCUUGGGCCGACAGAACCGCUAAAUGCUACACGUCGCAAACUUCAAAACAAAUGAAAACCUACGGUACUGGCAUCAGCUGUCCAUUGAAAGCGUCGAAAAUAAUAGAGGAAAAAAUUUCCUAUUAUAUCGGAAAUGUCAGUACAUGCAACAAAAAUAUAAUUGAGGACCAUCUGAAACAAAACAACAUUGCUUUUCUACAAUGCUUUCCUGUACUCCGUAAGAAAAAUCCGGAUGAUCCGUUGGUAGAGAGAAGUCAAACAACGGAAUCGACGGCUUUCAAAAUUAUAAUACCUUUGAAUGAACGUGAAAAACUGGUUAAUCCUGACAUAUGGCCCAUGCACACGUUCUUGCGUGAGUGGGCUUACAACAUGUCAGCAAGUAAGAAGAAAAAUGGAAACUUUCGGCCAACAACAAUCAACAUCAAUCAUGGAGGCAACAACUGA